UGCAAGAACUGUUAGCCCAUUACGCGAGUAAUUCAUGUCGAAAUUUUAUUUGGGUAAAUUUUGAUAAUUAAUGUAGCACCCGAGAUUGAUUCCGCUGCAAUUGUGUGAACAAUAUGAUUAGGCAAAACGUAUAGGGUAGGGUGUUACAGUUUGGUAUCAGAGCCCGGUUCCCUCUUUUUGCUGUUAUGGCGUACUAUACCCUAUGGGAGGUUAAACACUCCUAAGGAGGGGAGUACCCCAUAAUGACUUAAACUGGGAAUUGAGUUUGACAUGAUUAUGUGUAUGGGUAUAUUGGAUGAAAUUACCUGCAUCAUGGUUUUCAAAAUUGAGUUUUGAACUUAUUUGUUUUCAAGUAUUUAUUUUGGGAAAAUUUUUGUUUUAACCAAGUGAGAGAUUUGGUGAGGAAUGAAUUUUGUGUGGAUCAAUCUAAGGCCAAUAUUUCCUUGUAGCUCGCACGGAAGUUGUGAAAAUGUUCCUACUGACCAGUCGAGAGGAGUGGGGGCGGUUGAUGCAAGACCGCCAGUAUUAGAUUAUGCAAAGAUGAAGAGUUUGGGUGGUAGGGACUUUAAAGGAGAUGUGAGUCCGGAUGCUGUGGUAGAGUGGUUGAGGGAGAUGGAAGAUGUGUUUGAAUAUCUUUAUGCGACCCCAGAGGAAAAAGUACAAUAUGUUGUUUUUCUCCUAAAGGGGUACGCGAGGAGCUGGUGGUCUUCAGUCUCUAGAGUUAAUGGUGAACGAGUUCAGUUCACCUGGGAGGAGUUCCUGAAGGCCUUUAAGACAGAGUUUCUUCCCGAAGCUUUUAUCAGGGCAAAGAACAAUGAAUUUGCCAACCUUAAGCAGGAGAAUAUGACAGUUACUGAGUACACCAUCAAGUUUGUUCGACUGCUUUACUUUGAGGAUGGGUUGGCGGAUACUGAGCAAAAGAAGAAGAUGAGAUACUUGCAUGGUCUGCGCAUAGGAUUGAAAGAAAAGAUCCACAGGGUUGAUGAAGAGAGCAUGGCCACAAUCAAGGAGGCUGCACUUAAGUAUGAAGCCUAUGAAGUUGAGAGCCGAGAGGAACACAAGGCUAAAGAAGAGGAGAAGAAGAGGAAGUUUGGAGUAAAUUAUGCUGGACCUCGUUACCCACCCAGGAGAGGUCCUAGCAGUUUUGGGAGAACACCAAGUCAAUCUAUGUCGGGAACAUCAUACAGGGCACCAAUAUCCUCAGCCACACAAUUUCCAUUUUGUCAAGUUUGUCAGAAGAGGCAUAUUGGAGAGUGUAGGAGAUUUUCUGGUGUAUGCUUUCACUGUGGCCAACCUGGGCACAUCAUGAGGGAUUGCCCGCAUGCGAGAGAAGUAAGAGCUACACAGUCCGAGCCUUCAGUGCAAUUUAGUAGAGCCCCAUUCAGGGGUGGUUACCAGGGAGGCCGUAGUGGAUUUCAGAGUGGUCGUGGUGGUUCACAGGGUGGUAGAGGUGGUGGUCGAAAUCAGCCAUCAGGAAGUGGUACGCAGGGUACCAGAGCACAGGGAGCACCGAGGGUUUAUGCAAUGACUCGAGGUGAGGCAGAAGUGGCACCAGAAGUUGUGACUGGUAUGCUUUCUAUCCUUGGCAAGCAAUUAUAUGCUUUGAUCGAUACUGGUUCCUCUCACUCAUUCAUGUCAUAUACGUUUGCACAUAUGCUACGUUUAGUUCCAGAUAAGCUAGGCUAUACCUUAUGUGUUAAAACACCUGUGGGAGAUACCUUGAAGGUAGACUCAGUUAUUAGAAGUUCCUUCAUUUGUGUGGAAGGAGCUUUCCUAGCAGCAGAUUUAAUUCUGCUACCUUUUGAUGAAUUCGAUGUCAUCCUUGGAAUGGACUUUCUGGCAACACAUGGAGCUGUUGUGGAUUGUCAAAAGAAAGAAGUGUUAUUCAGCACACCAGAUAAAGGUCCUGUUGUAUUCCGAGGCAUUAAGAAAAAGGAGACUCAUGGUUUUCUUUCUGCCUUGGAAGCUUUUCGAUUAGUGAAGGAAGGUUGUGAAGCCUUUCUUGCUCAAGUUACUAUAGUAAAUGAUAAGAAGGUUGAGGAUGUAGAGGUGGUAAGGGAAUUUCCUGAUGUAUUCCCCGAAGAACUUCCCGGCCUUCCACCAGAAAGGGAAGUAGAGUUUGAUAUUGAAUUGGUACCUGGCACAACACCAAUUUCAAUGGCACCAUAUAGAAUGGCACCAAUUGAGCUGAAGGAGCUUAAAGAACAAUUGCAAGAAUUGUUAGACAAGGGGUUUAUUCGACCUAGCAUCUCACCUUGGGGUGCACCGGUUUUGUUUGUCAAGAAGAAAGAUGGUUCCAUGAGAAUGUGCAUUGACUACCGGAGGUUGAAUAAGGCGACAGUGAAGAAUCGUUAUCCCCUUCCAAGAAUAGAUGAUUUGUUUGAUCAAUUGCAGGGUGCAUCAGUCUUUUCUAAGAUUGAUUUGAGAUCUGGAUACCAUCAAUUGAAAGUGGCAGAUGGAGCAACCUCAAAGACAGCUUUUAGAACAAGAUAUGGGCAUUAUGAGUUCCUGGUAAUGCCUUUUGGACUCACUAAUGCACCAGCGGUAUUUAUGGCUCUUAUGAACAGAGUUUUCCAUGAAUAUCUUGAUAAGUUUGUGAUUGUGUUCAUAGAUGAUAUUCUCAUCUAUUCUAAAAGCGAGGAGGAGCACAAAACUCACCUUAGAAUUGUGUUGCAAAUUCUAAGGGAGAAACAAUUAUAUGCAAAAUUCUCAAAAUGUGAGUUUUGGCUGAAGGAGGUAAUAUUUCUGGGACAUGUAAUUUCUGGAAGAGGUGUCGAGGUGGAUCCGAAAAAGGUGGAAGCAGUGGUGAGUUGGACUCCACCAAAAGAUGUGUCGGAGUUGAGAAGUUUUCUUGGCAUGGCUGGUUAUUAUCGGCGGUUUGUCGAUGGAUUUUCUAAAAUUGCUGUACCAUUGACUAAACUGUUGAGGAAGAAUACUAAGUAUGUUUGGGAUGAAUCAUGUCAAAAGAGUUUUGAUGAACUGAAAAAGAGAUUGACCACAGCACCAGUACUUGCACUACCUUCAAGUCAGGGAGAGUUUGUGGUGUAUAGUGAUGCCUCGUAUCAAGGAUUGGGCUGUGUGUUAAUGCAAGAUGGAAGAGUUAUCGCAUAUGCCUCUAGGCAAUUGCGUCCUCAUGAAGUAAAUUAUCCCACUCAUGACUUAGAAUUGGCAGCGGUGGUAUUUGCUCUCAAGAUUUGGCGACAUUAUUUGUAUGGUGAGACUUUUAAAAUUCUAACUGAUCACAAAAGCUUGAAGUAUAUUAUGGAUCAGAAGGAUUUAAAUAGUCGCCAGAGGAGAUGGAUAGAGUUGUUGAAAGAUUAUGAUUGUACCAUUGAUUACCAUCCAGGUAAAGCUAAUGUAGUUGCUGAUGCUCUGAGCAGAAAGGGGAAGAAGAAUAUAAAUGAUCUGGUUGAUUUGAGGGCAAUGAAUGUUGAUUUGGAAGUGGAUGGUGUAACAGGGUUACUAGCUCGGUUGAACAUUCGACCUUUGUUGCACGACAAAAUUCGUGAGAAGCAGAAGGAGGACCCAGAGUUGGCAAAAAUCAUUCAAGACAUUGAGGAAGGAAAAGAAAGCCCAUUUGAAAUGGUAGAUGGCAUGUUGAAGAUUAAUGGAAGAGCAUGUGUUCCUAAUGUUGAUAACUUGAGGGAAGAGAUCCUAGAUGAAGCUCAUUCUUCUGCUUAUGCUAUGCACCCAGGAGCAACUAAAAUGUAUCACACGAUCAAACCAUAUUUUUGGUGGCGUGGGAUGAAAAAGGAAGCGGCUGAACAUGUUUUCACAUGUCUGGUAUGUCAGAAAGUUAAGGCAGAACAUCAAGCUCCUGUAGGGAAACUGCAACCACUUCCAAUUCCAGAAUGGAAGUGGGAAAGAAUCACAAUGGAUUUUGUAUAUGGUCUCCCAUCAUCAAGGGGAAAAGAUGCAGUAUGGGUUAUUGUGGACCGACUAACCAAAUCGGCUCACUUUUUACCCAUUAGGUGGAAACCAUCACUUGAGACUUUGUCUCAACUGUAUAUUAAGGAGAUCGUCAGAUUGCAUGGUGUGCCAAUUUCUAUUGUCUCUGAUCGAGACCCGAGCUUCACAUCUCGGUUUUGGCAAAGUUUACAUGAUGCCUUGGGAACUAAACUGCAUUUUACUUCAGCUUAUCAUCCUCAAACAGAUGGGCAGAGUGAACGAACCAUCCUUACCUUAGAAGAGUUACUUCGAUCAUGUGUAAUGCAAUGGGAGGAAUCAUGGAUUGACCAUUUGCCCUUGAUUGAGUUUGCUUACAACAAUCAGUACCAUAGUAGUUUGGGUGUUCCACCAUAUGAAGCACUUUAUGGGAGGAAAUGCAGAACACCAUUAUGUUGGGAUGUAGAAGGAGCAAGGCAAAUCUCAGGGCCAGAGAUAGUUCAGAUCACAGUUGACAAGGUCAAGGAAAUCAGGGAGCGUUUGAGGGUGGCUCAAGAUCAACAGAGAGUUUAUGUUGACACGAAUAGGCGUGAAGUUAAUUUCGAGGUGGGUGAGAAAGUAUUUCUCAAAGUUUCACCCUGGAAAGGCGUAAUGAGAUUUGGUAAGAAAGGGAAACUUGCACCUCGGUAUAUUGGACCUUAUGAAAUCAUAGAGAAGAUUGGACCAGUGGCAUAUAAACUAGCAUUGCCUCCAGAACUAUCUCAAAUCCACAAUGUAUUUCAUGUGAGUAUGCUGAAGAGGUACAAAGUGGAUCCUUCCCAUGUGAUACAACCAGAAGAGAUCGAGUUGGGUCCAGAUUUAACUUUUGAGGAGGUUCCAGUUGAGAUUGUUGAUUUUCAGAUUAAGACUCUUCGCAGGAAAGAAAUACCAAUGUUGAAAGUGGUUUGGAGAAAUCAAGAAAGUGAGAGUGCUACCUGGGAAACUGAAGCAAGUAUGCGAGAGAAGUACCCUGAGUUGGUAGCAACCUACUUUGCAGGUUAACAAUCUUGCCUAAUAAGACAUGUUUUGAACUUGCUGAUGUGCUUUUGUUGUGAUAGCCCAGUAUAGGUUUUUGAAACCUAAACAUGGGAACUUGAGGUGUUAGGUGUUACUUUCUAUGUUAUGAAUCUCCUAACCUAAGAGGUAGGUAAGGGUUUAUCUACGAUAGACCAUGUUAAGGGUUAGUAAGGGGAGUUAGAGUACGACUCAAGGUUAGAUUUCGGGGACGAAAUCUUUUAAGGAGGGGAGAAUUGUAACAUCCCGUUCCGGCAAAAUCCAUAUUUCAAUCGCUAGAAAGUUCGCGAUUUAAAAUCGAGCGUUUUAACAGUAUUUCGACGAAAAUCGGAUUAUCGAUCGAUCGGAUUAGUAUACGUAUUAAUUAUAUAUUAUGUAUAUAAUAAUAAAAAGAAAAUUUAAAA